AAGUGUGCCCUGGAGUGCUUCUUGAGUUGUUCUCAAAAUGGCUGCGCCCGAAGAAGACACGCUUCCUCGUGAAGAUGAAGAAAUUGAAGAGAUGGAAGCGGGUGACAGCGAUGAAGAUGAGAUGGAGGAAGAAGAUCAAGAGGAGGAAGCUGGGGAGAGUGAAGUGUAUGUGCCUGGCGUUAAGCCGCUUCAGCCGGGAGAAGAGCUAGAGAUGGACCGCUCGGCUUACCGCAUGUAUCACGAGUGCCAGACAGGUGCCCCUUGUUUGAGUUUUGAUGUAGUACGUGAUGCUGAGGGAGAAGGAAGAGAGAAGUUUCCAAUGUCCAUGCUACUGUGUGCAGGUACACAAGCAGACACGGCUCUCAGUAACAGACUCAUUGUCAUGCGCAUGCACAACCUGUAUGGGACUGAAAAAGAGACAGAGGAGGAGGAGAGCAGUGAUGAGAGUGGUGAUGAUGAUGAUGAUGAAGAAGAGAAUAAGCCACAGAUGGAGUUGGCCAUGGUGCCCCAUUAUGGAGGAAUAAAUAGAGUCAGAGUGACCCAGAAUGGUGAGCAGUCAUUGGCUGCUGUUUGGUGUGAGAAAGGUCUGGUGGAAAUUUUUGAUCUUCGGCCACAGCUGGAAGCAGUUCACAGCUCUACUGCCAUGGCAGCAUUCAUUAAACAGCAUAAGGAGGCUACACCUUUGUUCAGUUUCUCAGGUCAUAUGACAGAAGGCUUUGCCAUUGACUGGUCUCCUAAAGUACCAGGCCGGCUUGUGAGUGGAGACUGCAAGAAGAACAUUCAUGUGUGGGAGCCAAGAGAAGGUGGAACUUCCUGGAAGAUUGACCAACGGCCUUUUAGCUCGCAUAACAAGUCUGUUGAGGACCUACAGUGGUCACCAACUGAAGCAACAGUUUUUGCCUCCUGCUCAGUGGAUCAGUCCAUUCGCAUUUGGGAUAUCAGAGCUCCACCAAAAUCCAUGCUUUCAGCCAAUGAGGCUCACUCGUCAGACGUCAAUGUCAUCAGUUGGAAUCGGAAUGAACCGUUUCUGUUAUCUGGAGGGGAUGAUGGGCUUCUGAAGGUGUGGGACUUGAGGCAGUUCCAGUCUGGGCAUCCAGUGGCCAGCUUCAAGCAGCACAGUGCCCCGAUCACUUCGGUGGAAUGGAGUCCCAUCGAUUCCAGUGUGUUUGCCGCGUCUGGAGCAGACGACGUUAUCAGCCAAUGGGAUCUGUCGGUGGAGUCAUGUGACAUAAGUGAACAAGCUGAAAGCUUAAAGAAGCUUCCUCCACAACUGCUGUUCUUGCAUCAGGGCCAGAAAGAGGUCAAGGAGCUCCACUGGCAUCCGCAGAUCCAGGGCACUCUCAUCUCCACUGCACUGUCAGGAUUCAACGUUUUCAGGACUAUUUCAGUGUAAACGGCAAAGUGGUUUUGUGCCUUAUGACAAUAGUAAAAAUAAUGUUAAAUGCCAUCAUCAUGACGCUAAUCUGUGUGGGUUUUUUUUUUUUUUUUUUUGGGACUAAUCAAUACAUUUGAUUCUAGGUCCUCUGGAUUAUGUUUCAAAAUCUAAGACAAUUUCACAAUAUGGCCUUGAUACACUUCAUUUUAAUCUACAGAGAAACUGGUGAGUUCAGCUGGUACUCUAGGUGACAGGCAGCCAGUGCAAACAGCUGUGUCCUAGAUCUGAAGUUCACUCCUGCUACAAAGCUCAUCCAGUUGUUGAGAAAUGUCUUUACCCUUUUAUUAUCUCAUGAGUAAAUGCUAUUUUCUCAAGUCAUAUUUUAUAUUAUUGUCUCUGUAACCUUCUGUGUGUAAUUAAAAUCAGUUCCUUAUUGGC